AUGCUGCGACUGCUAAGUUCCCUCCUGCUUGUGGCCCUUGCCUCGGGCUGCGGCAAACCUGUCUAUCACCCCUCCACCCGAGUGGUCAAUGGUGAGGACGCUGUGCCCUACAGCUGGCCCUGGCAGAUCUCCCUGCAGUAUGAGAAGAAUGGGGCCUUCCAUCACACCUGUGGAGGCAGCCUCAUUGCCCCCGACUGGGUCAUGACUGCUGGCCACUGCGUCUCGAGCUCCAUGACCUACCAGGUGGUGCUGGGCGAGUAUGACCGGGGACAGAAGGAAGGCCCCGAGCAGGUGAUCCCCAUCAAUGCCGAAGACCUCUUUGUGCACCCCCUCUGGAACCCCAACUGUGUGGCCUGUGGGAAUGACAUCGCACUCAUCAAGCUGUCGCGGAGCGCCCAGCUGGGGGACACUGUCCAGCUUGCCUGCCUGCCGCCCGCCGGCGACCUCCUGCCCAAUGACGCCCCUUGCUACAUCAGUGGCUGGGGCCGUCUCUAUACUGGUGGACCGCUCCCGGACAAGCUGCAGCAGGCCCUGCUGCCCGUGGUGGACUACGAGCACUGCUCCAAGUGGGACUGGUGGGGGAGCUCCGUGAAGAAGACCAUGGUGUGUGCCGGCGGGGACAUCCGCUCGGGCUGCAACGGUGACUCCGGAGGCCCCCUCAGCUGCCCCAGUGCCGAUGGCAGCUGGCAGGUCCAUGGUGUGACCAGCUUUGUUUCUGCCUUUGGCUGCAACACUCUCAAGAAGCCCACCGUCUUCACCCGGGUGUCGGCCUUCAAUGAUUGGAUCACGGAGGUGAGGAGCCGGGCAGGGCCCCGGGGCCAGGGCUGA